CGCCCAGUUCCCUCUCCCUCCCAGACACCAGAGACCAGCCUUCAAACGCCCUCCCCUGGCUGCCAUGCUCUCCGUCCUAAGUUCAAACCACUCCAGCUCGGCCCUCCGGCUCCUCCUCCUCAUCUCGCUGUUCUGCAUGGUGUCGAUGCUGUGGAUUGCCCAGUCCAACACCGCAGCCCUGCGGACAAGCGUCGAGGAAAUCUGCCGCGAGAGGAUACGGGCCAGCGCCUUUGCCCAGCAGAGCUUCUCCAACUCGCUACCCAACGGCGACACACUUCAAAUGCCCAAGAUCGCCAUCGUCCUGUCGUUCUCGGGCGACGUCCGGGAACUGUCCCUGAAAAAGCAAAAGCGAAUCAUCGUUGAGUCCGUCCAGAUGAAACGCGAAUACGCCCGGAAGCACGGAUACGCCCUCUUCCUCGACGGCGUCAUCGACGAAAGCCGUCCUUACUGGGGGCGAGUUGGCACUGCGUACACCAUCAUGAACACCAUGCCGUCCAUCGAGUGGAUCCUGUACAUGGAUGUCGACACUAUGAUCAUGGAACCCGAGCUGAGUCUCGAAGACCUCAUCCUGGCGCCGUAUAUGCGAGGCGCCAACGGCUCCGAACCCGUCACGAUCCGGUCGACUCCGCCCCGGCCAUACCAAGACAUUGACUUUAUCGGCAAGCAAGACUGCGAGGGUCGGCCGCUCAACAACGGCGUUUACUUUAUGCGCAACACGGACUGGUCCGCCACGCUGCUCAAGACCAUCUACAACGACCGCUUCAAUUACUCGCUCAUCAACGUCCCCGGCGUUCAAAAUUCCAUGACCACAGCCCUGACCAGCCUUCCCUUUGGCCAAAAACGAUACUUCUUCAUGUCCCCCAAAGAAGCCACCUUCAAUCGCUUCGGUCCCGAUGGAUGCCUUGGCUACGAUCUCCGCGGCCUGCAUGUCUACCGCAGCGGUGAUUUUUUGGUCCACUUUGCCGGCAGCCCUCACCGAGACCUGUACUGGGCAAGAUUCUCGGAGCAACUCUACCUGAUAAAGCCGUGGUUCCUGAAAGUCGUGGUCGCUGGCAUCCAGUCCGACUGGAUCGACACUGCCCCCUGGUUCGAGGAUAUCAAGUAUCGAUUCCGAAGCCUGAUCAGCUCCUGAGCAAGUCGCUUGAUCUUUCCUUCCCUCUUUCGCGCCCUCCUCCAGAACCCCCCCCCUCCAGCCCCGCUUCUCAUGUGAGUGCGCAUGAAGCCUCGAUGUCGUUUGUUAUUGGGAUGUCUGUAAUCAUAGUAUGUUUUCCCAUCCACUCUAUUCGAUGUCCCUCCCCCUCCCCUCUCUUUCUCUUUCUUUCUUUUCUUUCCCCA